AUGAGCAUGUGGGCGGUGCUGCUCACCGCGGUGGCGCACCUUCUUGCCUCGAUGGUAUGCAUUGUUUUGCUCGCUGGUUACGCGAUGCCGAUGGGAAGCAUCACGGCUGUGCAAUCAAGCAGUUACUUUCAUCUCGCUAUGGCUGCGGUGACUUACCCGGUGCUUCGCUUCUUUGUCGUUGCCCCAUUUGGGCGUCACGCCGCCACCACCACCGUCCGCCUCGCUUUGCCCGCGUCGCUUUCGUGGGCGCUGCAGGAGUGCCCGACGCUACUGAAUGUUGUGUACUACAUUCUCGUGGAGUACCCGUGCCACGCGCUCAACUGCAGCAGCGGCGAGUGGCUGCGCCUCGUGGCCCGUGAUCCUCUGGGACGUGUGGCGGCUGUGGUAGCGAAGGGAUUUGGGACACUGCACAUUGGACUGGUCUUUUUCGUGCUGCAUUAUGUACACCGCAGUCUGCUCUACCCGCUGCGCGUGCGCCAGGGAACCCCUGUUCCGGUGCACGUGACCCUGAGUGCAACGCUCUACUGCAUUUUCAAUGGCCGUCUGCAGCUGCUGGCGAAUAUUCGAGAGAAUGAGACCGAACCUCGCCUCCCGAUUACGUCGCUGUGGCGGAUGUUGUUGUGCAUCAUCGGUGUGGCCGUCUUCCUUGCGGGGAUGUGGGUAAAUAUCGCGUCGGACUACUAUCUUCUGCGCCUCAAGUCUCAGUUGCCGAGGCGUGCCUACAAGGUGCCUCACGGAGGGUGGUUUGAGUACGUCAGUUGUGCAAACUUCUUUGGCGAAAUCGUGGAGUGGUGCGGCUACGCCCUUCUUGUGUGGGCGGCGAAGCCAGAGGCGGGACUGGCGGCGUGCAGCUUCUUCGUGUACGUCGUGGCGAACCUGCUGCCGCGCGGGCUUGCACACCAUGAGUGGUACCAGAAGCAGUUUGGGGACGCCUACGCAGCACUACGGCGCCGGGCUGUGGUGCCGUGUGUGUACUAG